UCGUACUAACAGAUACGUUUUCCAGGAAAGUUCGAAAUUUUCCUGGAAUUUUUUUUUAUUCAACUAAACCCAGUUUUCCUUCCCCUAAUACCAGAAAACCCACUUCAGAAUUCCUGCAAAAUCUAUAAUAAAUAAAUCCCCCCUCCAAAAAAAAAAAAAAAAAUUAAAUAAAAAUCCAAUUUUGCUUCUGAAUUUGUGUAUAUCCGAUGGGGCAAGGGCAAUCCAAAGGCGAGUUGCUCUACCAGCAAGUCAGUUAUGGGAACUGCGAAGGAAUCAAAGCCCUUCACAGAGAGGGUGCUGGCCUAGAGUGGAUGGACAAAGAAGGAAAGACAGCCUUGAUUGUUGCUUGCAUGAAUCCUGAGCUGUAUAAUGUUGCGAAAACUUUGAUACAACUUGGAGCCAAUGUCAAUGCAUACCGUCCUGGUCGUCAUGCCGGGACUCCAUUACAUCAUGCAGCUAAAAGGGGCCUUGAAAGUAUGGUUAAGUUACUUCUUUUGCAUGGAGCCAAUCCUCUGAUCUUGAAUGAUGAUUGUCAAACUGCUCUUGAGGUUGCCAGGGCCAAAGGGCACAGCAAUGUUGUUCGUGCACUUGAGAGUCAUCUAUGCUUGUUCUCUGGUUGGCUGCGGGAGUUUCAUGGACCUGGGUUUCUAGAAGUUGUAGCUCCUCAGUUGGUAUCAAGAAAAGUUUGGGCGGUUGUUUUACCAGUUGGUUCCAAUGCCAGACCUUUCAAGUUGGAGCUUGCCAUAUAUUCUACUUUGCAGGAUGCACAUCCACGUACAAUUAUUGCUCUGUGGAAGGCCAAUUUAGAAGAACCAAAGUUUCACCAAUCCGAUGUGUCAGUGUCAAUUGUUGAUAUUGCUACCAAAACACGCGUUAAACUUGGGCCUGCUAAUCAGAAUGACAAGCAACAACUUAUGUGGUUUUCUAAUGCUUGCAAAGGAAUUCCACAGGUAUAUCAAAUGCUAUGUACACUGAUUCCAGCAUUUUUGCAUAAUAAUGUGGCUACAGUUCCACCCACAGCACCACCAACUGCUGAAGACCCAGAGUUGGCUAUGGCUAUCAAUGCAUCCAUUCAGCAUGCCCUUCAGGAGAGGCCACCCGUUCCUGAUACCCAGCCAAACUUUGAAGCAAGCUCUUCAAGCAAUGGAGAAAAUGCAAGCAAGCAUGGUUUUCUGGGUACACCAAAUCCAAAGACAAUGGAUAUUGAACCUGUACAUGAAGCUGACCUAAGUGGCAAUAGUCAGGAUGUCCAAAGCCAUGACAAUGUCUCUGCUGGCCAUACUGCUAGUGUUCUGGAUUUAAAUCCAUCGGCUCCUCCAAUUGCUGAUGAUAUUCCAAUAGAUGGUCCCAUUCAUUAUCCUUCAAUUGAUUUAAGCCCUGUUGAUAUAUCAUCUGCAGUUGUUGAGAAGCUUCGUAAAGAAGAAGAACAAAAUGCCGGUGGAAGUGGUUCAUCAUGCGUGAUAUGUUUAGAUGCUCCAGCAGAGGGGGCAUGCAUUCCCUGUGGCCAUGUUGCUGGAUGCAUGUCUUGCUUGAACGAGGUCAAAACAAAGAAAUGGGGUUGCCCAGUAUGUCGUACUAAGAUAGAUCAGAUCAUAAAGCUAUAUCAUGUUUGAGAUUUGACACGGUGGCCAGAAGCUUGCAAUGAUCUUUGCCUGUUGCAUAAGGAGUAGUACACUACACAUGUUUAUCAUGAAAAAUGAAAAUGCAUCUUCAGUUAAAAUUUGUUUACAGCUAGAAAUGACAAACAGAAGAAUGUCUAUACUAGAAGUAUCCAGAUCCCACGGGGUAGUUUGUGAAUAUGUUGAUUUCAUAUGCUUUUUUGUUUUCUCUAUGUACUAGUGGGUUCAAAUUAUCACUUCUGGAAGGUCAAUUGUGAAACUGGUGUAAGAUAAAAAGGUCUGAAAAAAUACUAUUUAGAUUUUGUCCAAUUGUGGUCUCAGGACUCCUGGGAUUUGUAUUCAAACACGUGCAAUUUAUAUACACUACUUAGAUUUGCGUUGCAUUCUUUGUAUUAAAUUGUAAAACUAUGUUUCAUGUGGAUCUGCAGCUGGUUGACUUU